UAAAGAACUAAAGUAUCCCAAUUGUAAGAGCCAAGGUAAUAAAUCAAAGAAGAAAAGAGUAGCCAUAUAUCAUUAGCAAUGUCUAUGCAAAGGUUGGAAGGAAAGGUGGCAAUUGUGACCGGUGGAGCGAGUGGAAUCGGAGCAGAAACAGUGAAGCUAUUUGCCAAACACGGCGCAUGCGUGGUUAUAGCAGAUAUUCAAGAUUACCUCGGUAAACAGGUUGCAACUUCCGUUGGUACAGACAAGGUGAGUUACCGCCACUGCGAUGUUAGAGACGAGAAACAAGUUGAAGAAACCGUAGCUUUCACCGUAGAAAAAUACGGUGGCCUAGACAUCAUGUUCAGCAACGCCGGAGUUGCAGGUUCUCAAAGUAACGUCCUUGAUUUGGAUUUGAAUGAUUUUGACAACACGAUUGCAGUUAAUCUGCGUGGAUAUGCAGUGUGCAUCAAGCACGCUGCACGUGUCAUGGUUGCAAGAAAGACACGUGGCUCCAUAAUAUGCACCGCGAGUACGGUUGCAACGGUUUCUGUUGGAGGUUUUGAUGGUAAGGGUUACGUUGCAUCCAAGAGUGGUAUUUUGGGGCUUGUGCGUUCAACUUGUGGUGACCUUGGAGAAUUUGGGAUUAGGGUUAAUUCAAUUUCACCCUAUCUUGUAGCUACCCCACUCGCAACUAGAGUUCUGAAUAUGGAUGCUAGUGAAGUUGAAGAGAUUGCUGUUGCUGGUGCAAAUUUGAAGGGGAUUGUGUUGAGGCCGAUCCAUAUUGCUCAAGCGGCUUUGUUUCUUGCUUCUGAUGAAUCUGCUUAUAUCAGUGGGCACGACAUGGUCGUUGAUGGAGGUUUCGGGGGCGUUAAUAAAACUUUUGAUUUCAUCCUAAAAGAAGAAGCUGCAAAAAACUAAGCAAAUUAAAUGAAAGAUCAGAUCAGAUCGCAGUGUGUGUUGAUGUUUCAGUAUUAUUGUAUUAUGAUUAUGGUUGUGCGUUGUGUGAUUGCCACAAUAAAGUAAUAUAUCGAUGCAGAUAUAUAUAAUAUAUCACCAGAAAAAUAGAUCAUGAAAUAAAUUGAGAUCAUAUUGUUCUGAUCUCCCAUAUAGUUUCAUGAAUAAGUAAACAUCAUAUGUUGUAUGAUUGUUUCACAUUGUGUUUGUUGAAUUCAGCUGUCCCAUUCCUUUGAUUGAGAAAGAGGUACUACGAA